ACAUCCAUUGUCAACAUGAAGUUCCUUCUGAUCUGUAUGCUCCUUGGAGCAGCUGCUGCAUUGGAUGAUGAUAAGAUCGUAGGAGGUUACACCUGUGGUAAGAACGCUCUUCCAUUCCAGGUGUCCCUGAACUCCGGUUACCAUUUCUGUGGUGGGUCCCUGAUUAACAGCCAGUGGGUUGUGUCUGCUGCUCACUGCUACAAAGCAAGCAUCCAGGUCAGACUGGGAGAACACAACAUUUUUGUCAGUGAAGGUACUGAGCAGUUCAUCAAUUCUGCCAAGGUCAUCAGACAUUCUGGUUACAACUCCUGGACCCUGGACAAUGACAUCAUGCUCAUCAAGCUCGCCUCUCCUGCUACUCUCAACUCCUAUGUGAACUCUGUGGCUCUGCCCUCUGGGUGUGCCGCCGCUGGCACCAGCUGUCUGAUCUCUGGAUGGGGAAAUACUCUCAGCAGCGGAACCAACUCCCCAGAUCUCCUGCAGUGCGUGGACGCUCCCGUUCUGACUAGUACCCAGUGUAGCAAUGCCUACCCCGGUGAGAUCACCAACAACAUGAUCUGUGUUGGAUAUCUGGAAGGAGGCAAGGAUUCCUGCCAGGGUGACUCUGGCGGACCUGUGGUGUGUAACGGACAGCUGCAGGGUAUUGUCUCCUGGGGCUAUGGCUGUGCUCUCAAGAACUAUCCUGGUGUCUACACCAAGGUCUGCAACUACGUCUCCUGGAUCCAGAACACCAUCGCUGCCAACUAA